GCUUAGUAGGAAGAAAACGAUCCUGGCUGCCAAACAGCACCGCGAAGUUUUCAGGCUGCAUCGGAAGGCUGAGGCGGUGUGAGCCUCAAAUUUAGGACGAAAGGGAAAUAUGGAUCGUUUAUCGUGGCCUUUGGAGCGUAUCUCUAUCAAGGCAGAAAUAAGCGACGCUGUGUCGCGGUCCAAGAAUGUAUCGCUGGUGAGAAAGUUUGCUACAGAUGUAAACGGAACCCUCAGAGAUCAGCCCAGACCAGACGCAUCAAGGCGACUGUGUGUUUUUGGCUCCCUAAGCAAGAUAAGCGACUGUCAGUCGUUUAAGCUAUUAUGAAUAUCCC